AUGACGCACGUAGACGCUGCUGCACACCGCACGGACGGUGGCAGGCACGGCAGCGGCAGCGGUGAUGAAUCGAAGAUGAAGAAAGUAAAGCCGGAGGAGUACGAGCACCCGUUCUGGCACGUGUAUCGCCAACGCGGCGCGGACUACUGGGAUUACAAGAACACGCGGGUGGACUUCAACACCAACUUGGCCCCGUACGAGCUGCAGCAGAAAAUCGGGCGCGGCAAGUACUCAGAGGUCUUUCGCGGCCGAAACCGAAACAACGGCUGCUUGUGUGUUCUGAAGCUCCUCAAGCCCGUACGUCACCAAAAAAUCCUGCGUGAGAUCAGCAUCCUACGCAACCUCUGCGGUGGUCCGAACGUCGUCCGCCUCCUCGAUGUCCUGCGCGACACCGACUCGCAGACGGUCGUGCUCGUCACCGAGUACGUGCACCACCCAACAACGCUGCGCAACCUCCUCUACUCAAAUAAGCUCACCAACUUUGACAUGCGCUACUACCUGUACGAGAUACUACGCUCGCUGGACUUCGCCCACCGCCGCGGCAUCUUUCACCGCGACAUCAAGCCCUACAACGUCAUGAUCGAUCACGAGCGCAAGAUCCUGCGUGUGAUUGACUGGGGCCUGGGCGAGUACUACAUCCACGGACAGGCACUCAACUGCGGCGUGGCAACUCGGCACUACAAGGGGCCUGAGCUGCUGGUUGGCUACCGCCACUACGACUACUCGCUCGAUAUCUGGUGCCUCGGGUGUGUGCUGGCGGGCCUGCUCUUCCACUGCGACCCCUUCUUCGUCGGCGCCAGCAACGAGGAUCAGCUCCUUCAGAUUGUGGCUGUGUUUGGGAAAAAGGCGCUGUUUCGCUACCUCGACAAGUACCAGUGCCGCCUCUCCCGCGUGGUGGAGUCGAGCCUGCACAACCUCCCUGACGAGCACGUUGACUGGUGCCGGUACAUUAAGAAAGGAUCGAUCCAGGAGUCGUGGUGCGACGCAACUGCCCUGGACUUGCUUGAUAAGAUGCUCCAGUUCGACCAUCAGGACCGCAUCAUGGCCCAUGAGGCGAUGCAACACCCCUUCUUUGCUCCCGUGCGUGAUGCGCUGGCGAAGGAUCCGCAGGAGCGCUACCCUGUAGCAAGGCGCUGA